ACGCGCUGUUACGCAUUUAAAGAAAGAGCGGGAGAAUCUGUCAUCAGAAUAAUUAUCAAACCUUUCUAGAAAGUGCUGUGCUCAGUUAGUAAUUCUGCGAUGUCGCAUUUUGAUGCGAUUUUUGACCAACUUAAGUUGGAAGCUGCAAAAAUGGGCCCUACCUGGCUCGAAGAAAAAUUACGUCCAUUGCUUAGCCCGGUCGUCGAACCCAGAGUGGAUAUCGUUGAGGUGGCUCCGAAAACAUCGAGGCGUUCGAGGCCUCCAGUUCGUUCUGAUGCUGAAGGGGGUAAUAGCGGUCGGAGAAAAUCCAGCCCCAGUCCGGGGUUAAAGGCGUCUGUGAGGAAGAAGUCAAGUUCGAGCUCCGGAAGUCGGCAGACCGGAGCGGAGUUUGCUGAUAAUGUGACGCAGUCCGGGAGCACUUGUUCCAUUACGGAACAAUUCACUGAGCCUGUAAUGAAGGGUGAUUCUUUGCCUAAGGGUAAGACGGCCAAUUUAGGCCAGAAAGUAGUAAUUAGAGGGAAAAAGCAAGCUAGUAAAAGUGACGGCCUGCCGAGGCCUAUUUCUCUGUGUGAGGGUAAUGAACAAGCGAGUAUAUGUAGUUUAGGUAGCGCCUUAAUGAAAAAGAAAGGUGAGGGUUUGAUUGUAUCAGGGCCGAUUGAAAUACCUCAGGCAGUUUCAGAACAGUUACAUAAUGUUUCUAAGUCGGCUCAUUUUUUAAGACCUUGCAAUAAUACGGAAAAUCAGGCUUAUCGGGUGUUAGACGAGAGGGUUGAAAGGCCUGAAGCCAGCGAUAGUCAUCAUGAUACCGAGGUUGAUAACGGUGUGGUAGAAUUAGAUUUAUAUUUAGAUUCUUCUGAGGAGGAUUUUAUUCCUCCUUCUCCCAAUGUAGUUAACACUAUUAGCCAGUUUAAUACGUCAGUCAGGGUCACGGGUGAUCCAGUUUUAAAGGGCGAGUUAAGAAAUUUGAGGGAUAGGAAUGUUGAAGUAAUUAAAAAUUUACCUGUCACUAAUGAUGUUUUUCUUUUAGAUGGGAAUGAAACUGGGUCACGGCCUGAGAAUUCCCAGGGUCUUUUAAUGGUGGGAAAUGACGGCCUAAGUGGGGAGGCUUAUGGCCUUCAGGAAUCUUGGACGGAAAAUAUCAGGCUGGAUAUUGAGGACGGCGUUCCAGGGGUGGAACGUUUUAAUGCAAAGGGAGAAGAAACAAGGGUGAGUACGGCCAACAAUUUUAAUUUUGGUCUUCAGGGCAUGAUGGGUCAGAGUAUUAAUAAUACAUGUCAUAGCUCGGUUAACUCUGUUCAACGUCCAAACAGGUCUGGGAUUGGGAGAAUACAAGGUAGAGGUAGACAACGCAAGAGGUAUGGGGAUUUAAGGGGAGAAGGGUUUGAGGUCCCAUCAGCUAAGAAGGGUAAGGGUGUUUCAGUGGAUAAUAGGUUGGGUAUGUCUACAGCUAGUAGGGGCAUUGGAAUUUGGGCACCUUCUGGGGGUUUGUCACAUGUUUCUUUUUUACAGACGGAAAAAGGGCAGCAAUUAAUGACUAACACGGAUCCCAGGGCUACUGGUUUCCAGAAUACAGAGAAGGUUACGGCUGCAUCUCAAAGGAUUCAGUCUGCAGUGCCUCAGGACCCGAGUACAGGUGUAAAGAUCGUAUGGGUGAUGGGGCAUUCGUUUAUAUACUGGGCCAAUGCUGAGGCCAGUAAGAAAAUGGGCGGCCUUCAGCUUGGGUGUCCUGUGGAUCAAUGGGAGGUCAAAUGGUUUGGGAUUAGGGGGAUGUGCUGGGAACUCUUUUUUCCGUUGUUUCUAGAUUUUGGCAGAAUGUUUCCUCGUCCUCAGGUUUUGAUAGUGCAUUUGGGGGGAAAUGAUUUAGGUAUGAUUCCUCAAAAGGAACUAGUUAGAAGAAUCAAAAGAGAUCUGGGCAACAUAAAGGAACUUCAUCCUGAAAUCAAAAUAAUUUGGUCACAGAUUACUCCUAGGUUGGUUUGGAGAUCAGCGAGGGAUUAUGAUAGGCUAGAAAAGAGUCGUAAAAAAAUUAACAAAAUAAUUAGCUCUUUUGUUAAGAGGUUGGGGGGAGGCGUAGUUUUCCACCCAGAUUUUGAAGUAGAUGGAGCUGAGGAAUUUUAUUUAAAAGAUGGUGUUCAUUUUAACCAAUUUGGGCUGCAGCUAUUUAUUUUCGAUAUAAAAGAAGCUUUGGGAAAAAUAUUGGGUUUGGCGGGACUGGGCUGUUCGGUCAGUCCAGUCGGUGGCGGGGGUGCUAGUUCCCAGACAAAUAUGGUACGCAAUAUGGCCAAGUGAU